UUAUACCGUUGACGCUCAUCGGGAACGGUCGUGGUCGAAGGGUUGUUACGUUUGGAAGUUUAUAAUUUCCCCUCUGUUGUGUUAUUGAAGCGCAAAUCAUUGCGGUUUGAAGGAAGAUCAUGUAAACAACGUGCGAAGGACGACUACCGGUCGGUGGAUAUUCGUUGAAGGAAAAGAAGAGAUGUUAAUCGCUUUCGUCGAAACAAAACACGCUAUGCCCAGUAGUGAUUAGGAAUCCUGAAACAAUCCCGUGUGUGGUGUGGUGGCUUAUUAGUGGCAGUGACUAAGGGCAUUUCCUUGUACAGCGAGUGAUUAUCCUGGGUGGAAGCAUUUCGUUGUCAAAAAACACCUGACUCAUGGAGUCGUUAGGGCCCGAGAGAUGUAUAUGAAGUGUGAACGCACGUAUGCCCCGUGGUCCAUUAUGCCGAAUAUGGAGUGUAUCUAAGCGCCCGUGGAGAAGAAAGAACCGAAGAGUCGAAAAAAGCCGUUGAAACGCCAAACACCCGCCAAAGACGAGACAACAGGUCAAGUGGAUAAGUGUGAUGCGAAACAAACGAAAAGUGCAAAAUUGAUUGGUUUUUGUAUGGAAACUGACAGCUGCGUGGAAGAGUGUUGUGCUGUUUGUCUGUGACGUCACACGUUGUGUGCUUUUGAGGCGUUGCGUGCCCUCAGUUGAAUAGUUCUGCAAAAGGCGGGAAACAUGAUCAUGAUCGGUGAAGCCAAACAAGUAUCCUCUUAUCGAGAGUAGUGGGCCAGUUUUGAGCCGUAGAAAGUGAAGAUCGAUACUGGUGAUGAUGGAGGAACGCGUACGGUGCGUGUGUGGACGCUGAAACAAAAGAGCAUCGAUUUGUAGAGAUUUGAACGAGUGUGCUGUGUGAUGUGAACUGUCGCUCGGCGUUAGUUCCACGCCGCAGUGGACUUAACUUUCACUAAAAAUUUUGUCGUUUUUCAACAACCACCGCUACGACAAGUGGCGCGUGCAUUUGAGUCUGGGCCCGGUCUGGUCGUUUGUGUAUGAAUAAAUAAUUAAAUAGCCCGAAGAAAUCGAAGACCUCAGCGUGUGGUGUGCGGUGCGGAGUGCGGAGAGCUACGAACUCUCCGAGUUAUAAAAUUAGUGGAAAGUGUUUUGUGGUCCACACGAAAUAGUGAAGAGACCACGAUGUAAGGCCUCACACUCGAGCUCUCGAUCAGUCCACAAUCCAACGGGGGGCAGCAAAUAAAUUAAUUAAGGGAAGCGAAGAGCUCCCCGCUCCCAGGUGAUUUCGUAAUUACACAUGACUUGCCCCGAAGAAGCAUCGUUUGACCAAUGCAGUUGUUACCGUCAGGAUUGGAAACGGCCUGAAGCCGCGUGACCUGGCAGAAGUCGUGUACACAGACACACAGAGGACUGGGAUUAUCGAUUUUGUGCAAGAAGGCGCCGCGGCAGGUUCUGACAGCGAAGAAGACGAAGGAGGCUUGUACCUGCACACAACAGCUGAACUACCGAAAGCGGAACUAACAUAGGGGUUGGAGAGGGCUGGAGAAUUCUACACAUAACGAAUGUGGUUUUGCUGCGAGCUAUAGCUAGAUAAUAAUAGCCUGGUAUCAACAUGUACUUAGUACAGACUGUUCAGACGGCAUCGCCCUGGAGGCCCCAGUUGCCCCUACCAAAGGACAUAACCUUACACGUGCAGCAACAGCAACAGAAACGCGACAUGGACAAGGUACCGAAUAAGAGCAGCAAGGACUCCAAGGACAAAAAGUGGUCCAUUGGGAAUCUGUUCCGUCGGAAGCAGCAGCAGAAGAAGGAACUAGAGUACGACUCAAGUUCUGAGGAAGAUCGCAAAGCGGGAUUCAUACCGCUGAAGAGCAACAGAACACAAGCCGUGACACAGUCCGGCACACUGAAUGGGAAGAAUCGCAAGAAGCGAUCCAGCAAACUAGGAACGUUCGAUCACAUUGUAGUUAGUCAGAAUCAGGCCAAUAAUAGCUACGGAUUCAAGGAGAGUGAUAGCGUGAAUUCGAUAGAUAAGUACGUCGUUUCAAUGGGAACCAUUGAUAGAACAUCACGCACAGACCGAGGGAAGGUCAAAGAGGGUGAAGAGAGUGAUCAUGGGUCGCAGAGAUCGUCAUCUAUGACGAGAUUCAGAAGUGACGAUAGCUUGGGAAACCAAAGCGGUGGAUCGCACAGAAAAUCACGUUCGGCAAGAACCGAGCGAUACUUGAAGCGAAUGUCGAAGGACGAAGAAGGCAGUCCUGUUAAUCGAUGGCACACGCAGCCAAUAUCGCCAAGUAUGCUACACGGAAGCAUCCAGUCCGUUGACAAUGUUCACAAACGAGGUUACCCAGUUGGGACGCAUUCAAGUCUCAGAAACUCCUCUAGUCUUACUCAUGUGCCUCAUCACUUCCACCCACCUAAUCCAUACGCUCAGCAGCAGCAAGUCUUCCAGAUCAAUCCCUCUGCUACUUACGAAAACAGCUUUUACAUUCAGAGCAAAGCCAACUCCAUACGAGACUCUAUCCGAAGUCCUCCGCCUGUCCCUCCACGGGAUCCACAGCGUAGACUAACCAUUGGGCAUCCCAGUGAUGCUCGUCCUAUUUCCUACGCCUUCGAUCGCUAUCAGAUGAACGUUCAACAGAACGGAAACAUUUGGCAACCGAACGGCAAGUGCACCAGUGACGAUCGACUCUGGGGUUCAAACGUAACCCUUCAGCACCAACCGACAACCCCUCAAGGUUUUGUAAAUAUGCACGCCGUCACACCACCAAGACCAGCAUCCGUACAGCCGGAACCCACCCAAAAACGAUAUAUCUCUCGGCACCCGAUACAAUCCAAUCCCUCUCCUAACCAGGGCUACGUAAUCCUGCAUCACAACCACCAACACCAACAUCAUCACCAUCAGCCGCAGCCCCAGGUUCAACAACAGCCACAACCACAAGCUCACCAACAGAUAGCUAAACGGCCAACCGAGUACCGUUACGUCACGGACGUAACGCCUCGAUCGCGAAAGCCCAUUCAAAUACAGGAUCGCACCUUUGAACCCUACGAGCCAUCCCAACAGAUGCAGCAAACUACCCCAACCAGCACGCAACCAAUCUACGGCUCGACGGCUUACAUUCGGACGCGGCCCCUCAAGCAAGCCCCUGAAGAGGAAAGCCCCAAAACUCCCCAACAGUCUGCAUCCACAUUUUGGCGAAAGCUCGAAGAAGAUCAAAGCUCCAUUCACAGGCGGGGACGAGCUGCCGAUCGAAGGCAACAAGUCCCGGGCGUCAAUUCCCGCUCCGUGUCCAGUUCCCGUGCCCUGGAAGUAAUGAACCGUCGUAAUCACGAUCUGUCCAAGGAACUGAGCAAUCUUAUCUGCGACGACAAGCCUGACGACGAUCAGCACAACGUGAUCAACGGGCGGCUAUACCUUCGACAGGCACAGGAACCCCCGAAGGAAAAAUCACGUUCGCCACCGAAGAACAAAUACGAGGAAUACGUUGCCAAGACGAUUGCUCACUCGACCCAAGCGCCUGUUCCUACGUCAACCUAUCGGAGAUUCAGUGCGGAACGUGAUUCUCACACUCCCACCAAUAUGCACCAUGUCAGAAACCCUCCGCCUCCUCCUACACGAGGAAUAUCCAAGCGCAAUUCCUGCUCGGAAGAAGAACUAUCCAAGAAGCAAAAGAACGCCAACCUGGAAGAUGCCAUCAACGAACUGGAAGCCAUCUACAAGAGCCUUCGGCUCAGCGACGAAGACCUCCUCGAUCGCGCUGAACUGCGUGACGUUCCCACGCCCACCCUGUUUAACCGCCAACCAAUCAAACCGACUUCCGAUUAUGACGACGAGGACGAUAGUGGCGAUCGCCGUAAUUCCGAACCCAACAUCGAACUGGACGACCUCAACUUCCGCAGCCGAAAGCGAGCCAACGAGACCUUCAAGAAACUGGAAGUUCAACCACCAUUCGGAAUCCCAGUUGGCCCUAUCCCGCCAUCACCCAAUACGGAUUACCUAAGCGCCCAUCCGGCCAAACCCCACAAACCGCGAUUCAUCCCGAAACACUCGCCCGAUCUGGUCUCGGAUGAUCUGGCCUUCCGACAACUACGCCGUGACAAAGACCACCCACAGAACAUCGAUCGCCCUAGCUACGUGGCUUCAGAAACAAUCGAAGACAAGCCCGUCAACAGCAACAUCGUUGAGGACGUCAAGAAGAAACGCAACAGUCACAAGGCCACGACCAACUCACUGGCCUCCAACAUCUACAAUCUGAUCCAGCGGGAUGCCGCCAAACCAUCCGGUGGAAACCUGGAAGACUACUACCGAGUCGAACAGGUGUCCAAGACCAAACCGGAAGUCGAAGACGUCCCGUCGGAUGUUCUGGUUGUCCCCAAGCCCAAGAAGUCAGUGAAAAAAGCCGAUCAUCCGGUGACAUCCCGAACCUCCAAAAGUGGCUCUCCGAAGAUCACCGGAGGAGCGGUGUUCAAUCUUCCGUCGACGCUGAAGUCGAAAAAGGGAACAUCAACCGUGUCGGACAGUAGCAGUUCGCCAAGCACUCCGACACAGAAAACCCCUAAGAGCAACGGGGACGGCCCGGUUAUUGUGGGAGCGAAACACAAAGCCGAGUUUGAGGAUAUCUUGAAUGCCAUCGCUCAGGAAGCGAAGGACACCAGCGAGAAGUUGGGAAUGGAUUUGGCGGAGCUGCGCAAGGAGACGAAAUCGGUGUCCAGUGGGACGAGUCCCGAGACGAAACCGAAGAGUAAACCAAUUGCUCCGCAAAGCAGCAGGAAGUCGUCGAUCAAGGUGGAUGAGAACGAAAUCGAUGAGGUGGCCGAGGCGGCGAAGUAUUGCAGGGAGAUGUUGAAGAAUGUGGUUGAAGCGCCGAAGCAGUUGGAUGAGGAGAAGCUAGUCAAAGAGAUUGAGGACACGUCCAAUGCGGCGAUGUUGUGUCACGGAAUGAUCAAUCGGGUGAUGAUGGUGACGCAGCCAGUUGUGCAAGCACCGGAGAAAUCGGUGCUGUCGGGGUUGAUUCAGGAAUUGACGCCGAGAGUGGAUGGUGAGGAGACGUUCGAUAAAUUGUCCAGACGAUGCCAGGAGCAACUGGAAGAGCUUGAAGGGGUUGGAGAUGGAGAGAAGUCGACUAUUGAGAGGGAUUACGAGAGCCUGGUGGAGAGUAUCAAUCCGUUGGAAUCUGACUCGGAUAAGAAGAGUACAGAGGAGGAGAUCGAUUUGAUUAUGAAGGAGUGUGGAAUUGAAAGCGAUGUGCAGAUAACGAUAAAUUCAGUACCUCUGGAGAAUCAAGAGGAGGUUGUUGAGAGUAGAAAGUAUAGUAAAGAAUCCAGCUUGGAGCUGAGCGAUGUUCGCGGGUCUUCGUUGACUUCUACGGAUCCGAAAUCUUCGAGUGAGACGGAACAGUUCCCAAAGUCGUCGGAUAUUGCGACGUCUUGCAAUCUGCUCUCGUCGAGUGAUUGCUUCAAGUCCAACGGCAGUACUUCGUCCGCUGCCAGCUCGAUCGUAUCGGUACCGAUCGUGUCAGCAGUUGAUUCGACAUUGGUGGAGGUUAUUCCGGUUCCGGUAGGGGCAGCGUCUGGUGCGUCGCCUCCGUUGCGCCGUACGCCGUCGGAUGUCGAAUCGCAGUACAACUCUUCCGAAGAGCUGGCGAUGAUCUUCGGCAUCAAGAGUCCAACACCGACAGAUAACAAACCAUUCGUCAAUAGCGCCAUUCUAGAGCUGGAAAAGAAGCUUUCAUCCGCCACUGCCAACGUAAGCUGCCAAACGCAACAUAAUUCUAGUGUACAGGAACCUCAUCAAGUGCAACAAGCGAUCUAUCAACCGAACGAUCAUCACCAUCAAUCGCUCCAGCACUAUCAGCCACAUCAUCAGGUUUCCUUAGCUUUCCCAGCAAUACCCCAGGAGCCAUCAUCUAGCUCCAACCUCGCCAGUAUCCUACAGGUGCUUCGCGCGGAGCAGGAAUCCGACGCUUCCGCCUUUGAAAAGCGAUCUCCCCGCUGGGACGGCGGUCAUCACCCACGAUCGUCCAGUCUCGAUCGGAACAAAUCCCCUUCCUCCCUGCCGGGACCUCCCAAGUUCGCCGCGGUCAAUUUCCGCAAAGUUCAACGACAUCCACCGGUAUCCUAUCCGAAGAAACCUCUAGUCACUCAACGUUCGCUAGGAGGAUCUCCUCCCUCUCCGAACGUCGUCGGACACUGCUAUUCGCCCUCGUCUGGCAUUACCAAUUCCCAUCAUUACAACUAUAUCCAUCACCAAGUUCAGCAACAGCAGCAACCAACGCCGUCAGCGUUUGCCGUUGCCAGUAGUGGAGGCCUACAGCGGAGACCUCCAUCCCAGCAGAAGUCGGCCCUCAGAAGGCAUGACGCAUUCCUGAAAACCCGCUCCAAGACCAUCUCGGACUUUUUCGGUCCCGAAUCCACGCCCAUUAGCCGUCUGUUGAAUAUAAUAUGCCAAGAGAAGGAAGCGGAAAGAGCGAGAGCGAACAUGAGCAGUAGCAGCGGCAGUAGCAGUAGUAAACCCAGACCACCCGCCGGCCACAAAGGCGAUGGAGUCCUGUCGAAGAUUUCGGUGGCGCCGGCGACGAAUUCGACCGCCCUGUCGACGUCGUCGUCGUCCUCGGCCAGUUCCUCUUCGACGGCGAGUAACACCCGGGUGCUCAAGUCCCGCAAGGAGAACGUAAUCCCGGCGAUGACGACGACGACCGCCCAAAGCACGUCUCCGGCGAUCAACGCCGCCUCGACUGAAAUGUUUGUUGCCGCCAAGGACAUAGAUAGGAUAGCGAAAUAUAAAGCCGACCGGCGCAAACCCAUUUAUUUAAGGAACACUGUCCAAGAAAACGAAAAUGAAAGACUGGAUAAUAGAAAGAAAUCAACGUCUAGAUCAGCAACCAAUACUCCUUCGUCAAGUGCAAUUCAUAGUAAAUCUCAAUCAUCCACGCUACACCAUUCGAAAGCACCCGCCACGACCUCCGCCACCUCGAGCAGGCCAUGGCGAUCUACGGCAGCCGGUUCCUCCUCUACAUCUACUACCUCUGCUUCUGCUGCAACCGGGGCCGGCAGCAUUCCCGUAGCGAAUUCCCGUCCCCAAACGGCCACUGGAGGAUCCAGCUCGCUGCCACUGUCUCCAUUGCACCAUCCACAGCGUCAGCAGGCAGCACUCCAGCCUAGGAAACCUCGGGACCGCAGCAACGUCCGUGCGGCGAAAUCCGAGGAGAAACAGGUUGCUGCCCCUCCGCAGCAACAACAGGUCAAGCUGCCUCAGCAGCCCCAACAGCAGGCCCAACCGAUCCGAACAACCAGAUCUUCCAGACUUCGUGCCGCUGCUCUGGCUGGCGUCGGAACAGGCGUCGUUUCACCCAACGGCGAAGACGCCCACCAGCAGCAACGCUUGAAAGCUUCGGCGUUCGCAGCGCCAUCCAGUGUUCGGAUUCGGAAACUGCUUUCGCCGAACAAUAACAAUAUCAUCGGCCUUUCGAAUCGCAUCUCGCCAACGAUGAAUACCGGAAACCGAGCAGCAUUGACGUCGGCCAAAAUACGUGAUCCCGUGCCGAAACCGAGACUCGUUCCCACAAUAACUGCCGUCAGUAUGAAGCAGAAACUGAAGGAGACUACCGAAACCAUUCUCAAACUGGGGAACGCCGACAUUAAUCGCAACAGCAAAAAGGCGCCAAAGCCCAUCACCCUAACUAACCCUGCCUCCGAUAACGGAAAUGAUCUGCUGAAUGGGAAUACUCCCACUAACACCAAUAACAAUCCCGAACCCAUCCACACGACGACGAUAACAUCAAAAACGGCCAGUGGUGGGGAGGCUUUUUUGCAACGAAUCCCUUCUUCGACCACUGAACCGGGGGCCAACCAAGGGGAAGGGAUUCCGAUCCUGCAGCGACGACCUCCCCAACUUAAUUCCAUCAUCGAGUCCUACGGCAGCAGUCUGGAAUCUCCGCCGUCCCCAAGGAUGCGAACCUCCACCAUGAAGUCCGGAAUGAGAAAGCCCCUGGUGGGCCUCGAGAAGGACAUGGGUGGGCUGAGUCCGGUCAGGAGGAGCAACGGAACGGAAGGCGAGCGGGACAAGUCGGCCAGGAGGAAGUCGAACCUGAACCGGGCCCUGCACGAGGAAUCCACCGAGACACGACACUCGUCAUCGGAACGGCACCGCAACCGCAGCAAAUCCGGAAGUACCCCACUCUCCAGCCCGGAAAUCGUUGCUUCCAAACAGCCCAUCGCAACUUCCCCGCCGGCCAUCGUUGCCAACGGCAAUGCCAACAUCACCCGUACUCUUCCGGCUGUUCCGGCUGCAAGGACCGUGACGUCUCCCAGCAAACUGGUCCGGAAGGCGGAGAAAUCCAUCACACCCGAAGCCUCAACGGCACCGCUUUCUUCGUCGUCGUCCUCCUCAUCCUCCUCCACAACGGCGAUGACCGAGCUGGCGCCAAUCCCGACACAAUCCUCAAUCACGUCCGUAGCCACAACGGAAGCCACGGCUCCAAGUCCAGUGGCCUCGUCCUCCUCAACAACCCCAUCACCGGCCUUAUCGUUCGAAACGUCGGUGUCCAGAAUUUCGCCGUCACCGGUGCCCUCGGCAUCCCUGGCAACCUUCGUGGUGGAAUCGUCCAGCUCCAGUGGUACCUUGUCAGCCAGAGAGGACUUGCCACGUGAUAGCAGCAGUAGCAACACGGUAGAUAAUAGUAGAGUAGAUAGCAGAAUUUCCGCAGCAGAACCGCAGGAGGAAGCACUGCCGGAUUCGCCACUGCCCGUGGUGUCACAAUAUUCUAAAUUUAGCCAAAUGUUGAAAUCACCCACUUUGGAGAAGCACGAGGUAAGAGUACCGGCAAUAGUUCCUUCACCGCUGGCCAUGAAGGCGCCCCAAGAUGAAGUCGAAGAGGAACUGGAACGGGAGGUGUCGGAAGAAGUCCUCGAAGAAGUGCCAUUGAUGAGCGAGGAGCAAGAAACGGUGGAACGAGAGGAAGAAGUGGUGGAAGUGAUAUUGGACCAGAGUCAGGAAUUGAUGGUGCCUUUGGAUGUGGAAUUGGAAGAUGAGGUGCGUGCUCACGUGGAGGAGAUUGAUGUAGAUUUCAUGGAAGCAGGACCUUCUGGACUGUGUCCAAUUGUGCUUGCUAGCAAUGGAGUUCAGAAUACUGAUGAUGAUGAAGAGGAAGAAUUGGCCACUGAUAGGUUGUUCUUGAUGAGAGAAGUUAGGAGAAGUCGCUCUUCCUCGCCUCGACCAACUAAUCGUAUUCUAUUCGACGAUAAGUUCAACGAUGAGUUUGUCGUGAUCGAAAAUAGUCCCAAGAGUCAUUUUAUACAAUCACUGGACGAAACGGACAUCAUUGUGAUUGGGGACAACGACGAAGACUACCCACCGAGACCUGCCAGCAGUAACAGCGCUGUGAUGGGACCAUCUUACGAGAAGAAGCUAGUCAAGAUGAGCUCCGUGGAGCACUUUGAACACCUUCAUCAGCGCAAGAGUUGUUCCCCGCAGCGCAAGAAGAGCCUAUCACCCAUCAUUCGCGCCAAGAGCAUGGAAGAAAGUCAUCUGUCUUCGUCCAUAUCUCCCGCAUCGAACCAUAUCGUAUCGAUUCUAAAACGCAAAACUGUUGAAUCCAACAGUUCUGCUUCGAGCAAUACCUCGCCGGUAACAUUUUCACCAAGUGUCGUAGACACGCCCAUCCGAUCGAACCGCCGACAAGGUAUCCUCAAGAAACGCUGCUCGCUGGACGAAAGCAGAUAUAGUCGCAGUCACUCACCGGAUGAUCGGAGCAUUUUGGUCAAGCAUACCCGUCGAAACAGUUUCGAGGACGGCACCCAGCACGGUAUACUGAAGCAGAAAUCCUACGAAUCCAAAGAGGACGUAUCCACCGCUGGCGGUGGCGGCAGCGGAAGCUCAACCGCCGUCAACAGCGUCGUCUCUCACGGAAUCCUCAAGAAGAAAACCGACAGCUCCUCUACCUCCACUCCCAACGAACAGCCGAAGCACGUGUCGAUCUCGCAAGCCGUGAUCCUCGCCGCCGCCGAAAUCUGCCAGGACAUGCUCCUCGAUCAUGAACACGAUCACGAAAUCCGUCCCAUCCUCAAGUCCGACAGUCAACCACUGCCCACGCCGAAACCCAUUCUCAAGAAGAAAUACUCAUCGGAAUCGGAGGAAAUCCGGCCCAUCCUGAAGUCCUCCCGCAAGAGCAGCCGCGAAGAGCACUCCGAUUCGGAGGAACUGAAACGGUCCAUCCUGAAAACGGACUCCCCCGCUAAGCGGCGCUCGUUCGGUGAUCGUGAUCCGGACCCCAACGGAGCCAUGAUUCGAAGCCGCUCGUUGGAACAUCCAGAUCCGGUGCAGACUGGUCCAAUCGUUCCCCAAAUCCAGAACAUCGAAAAACCGAUUAUCUCCGUUGCGGAGCGAAUCAAGCACAUGGAAAAGUUCCUUUCGUCACCGACGGGAAAUGGAAGUGCCGGUGCCAGCAGCACCAGUAGCGGAGCAAGCCCUUCAGCAGGUUCCGGUUCCGGUGCGGUACCCAAGCGAAGUACGGCCAGCUCAAGGCGGGAGACGUUCCGCUUCAAAACGCAACCGGUCACGUCGUCUGAAAUUAGCGGUGUACAACAGCAGCAACAAGUUGAUCACCGAUCGGUUGAAAAUCCGGAAGAAUCGAUCUCGGGAGAAGAAUCUAGCAGUUUGGUGCAAGCCGAAGAAGAAGCCGUGAUUUGUGAUAGUGUAGAACCCCUCUGUCGGCGUGGUUCUUUGGAGUCCUUGAUCUGUAAGGAGAAACUCCACUCGGAGGACAAGAGUUUGGAACUCCUGUCGCCGACCUUCCCUCACACAGAAUCCAACUCGCAUUCGUUCAGCGGUGAGUUCAACCUUGCUUCGCUCAGCUCGGACAGUGGAAUACAGUUUGGCCGCGGGACGGAAGAAACGUCCGGAGCUGACUAUGUGUCCUCAGUGAAAACCAGUGACAGUGACAAGUCCCCAUCGAAGAAAACCAUCGACGACGACCUGAACGAACUCGACGAGGAGGAAGACGACGUCGUCGGCGGUGAAGAACAUCUGCAGAUAAUCGAAGAGACUGAAGGACAGAAGCGCCUUUUGCUGAGUCCAUCCAGUGCUGCUGCUGCGGCAGUUGCCCAAAAUCGAAGACGUUCCGGUUCGUCCAGUUGUUCUAGUUCUAGUGAUUUGAGUGAUCGAGAAGUGGAACGAAUGUACGCGGCAACAACGGUGAGUGGUUCCCAGCCGGAUGACGAUCAAUCGUCCGGGCUACGUCGGUCCAAUAGCGUACGGGCGCGGGCCAAUAUGUUCCAACAGAUGGAAAGCCGGAUGAAGGAGAACGAGAAUCCGGCGGCACUUCCGCGAGGCAGACGAGUGAUGCCAACCGGAGCAGCUCCCACCCAGUUCGCAACGCAAACAAUCUCCCCAACGGACAUCGAAAGAAACAUCCACAACAGCAACGCAAACACAACUAGCAAUCUCAUCACCAGCAACCUCCACAGCAACAGUAACAACAUUUCCGAUGAUUCCGGCACCGAGUUUGAUCAAAUAACUAGUCCUCGUAAAUCUCCAUUUGCCUAUCUACCGCCCUCGGGUCAGCAGCCGUUACCGUUUGUAGCUGAUCUGAAAAAGGGCAUCCUCAAGUCAAAGUCCGGCGGCAUUGGGCUGUUUCCGGCCGAUCUCAACUCCGAACUGAAAUCUCGACUGCGCAAAUCUACCCACUCUUCGGUGAGCAAUCUGAAGAAAUCCACUACCGUUUCGAACAUCGAAUGUGAUGCGGCCGCGUUGCCAUCGGCUGCCGGUGUCGGUUCCUCGUCCGAGUCCGACGAAGACGACGGUGUCGCGCCCGGUAAGAAUCUCGCGAAAAUGUUACGUAACGUGUCGAAUACGGCCGCGUCCACCGGAGGUUAUGUUCCGCCCGGUGGGGUCGCGUUGUUUCCGCCGGUUCCGCCCAGUUCGUUCGUUCCGUUGAAGAAAAGUGAUCUCGUCGCGUCCGGAAGUGGUGCCACCAGCGAUGGGGAGCAGCACUCGGUCUCCUCGAGCGGUGGCCGCGGCAACGUGGACUCGAUCCUGAAGAACCCGGCUGUGGCCAGAAGACGACGGCAGAAUGAAGGCUACAAGCAGCAACUGGUGAAGAGCAAGAGCCAAUCGGAGCUCACCACCUUCAUUCCGGCGUCGGCCAUCAUCUAUCACAACACGGCGAAACCAUUCAGCGGAGUCGGCCCGGUUGGCGUCGGCGUCGGCGGAAAUGAUCCUCUGAGCUACGGUGGUUCCAAGGACCAAAGGGCCGGUUUCCUGAAUCAAUCCACGACCACCACCGCCAUCGGAGGAGGGGAAGGCGGCGCAAAUCUGUCGAAUCAGCAACAGCAGCACUACCCGGUGCCUCCCGGUUUCAUCGGAUUGCGGCGCUGCCUGACGGAAGAGAUGCGCCCGGAUCAGGACUCGAUGGUGAAGAGCGUCUCGAUCGCCGAACGGUUGGCGGCACUGCAGAAAAGCGGCGAAGAUGACUGGCGCAAGCGAAUUGCCAAGAAGGAUGUCACCGACGAUGUCCGGCGGGAGAACUUAGUCAAUAAUGCCAUCCUUGUUGCCAAAUCGCUCGAGAGUCCGGUGAAGAAUAGCACACCGCGCCCGUUCAGUCGGCCAGCGGACGUCGAAGGCGGAAACAUUUCCGACCGGCUCGGAAAAAUCAAAACGUCUUCGGAAAACUGGAAGAACCGUGUCGAACUCUCGGAUGCCACCAACUUCACCGUAGCGGGCCGUAUGCCCGCCGCCAGGUCGCCCAAGUUGCCGUUCAUCAAAUCCGACUCGAAGCAGUCGCCACCGAUGAGCGCGUUCCGCAGUGUGAACCCGCCUCAGCUGGGCCUUGCCAAGAGUCCCUCGAUGAUGGUGUCUUCGGUGACCACCACGUCGACGCUGUACUCUCCCUCCACCCCCGGCGGACCACUUCAGAAUGGGGCACCAUCAGCAGUGGCCGCCCUGGCCGCCGUCGGCCAGCAACUAUCUAGUCAACUCAGUCAGCACAGAGCAGGAAUGGACAGUAUGAUGAAGCGUAGCAUUAGUGUUCCCGGAGUGCCCUCGUCCGGCGUCUACGGGGAAGCCGGUGGGGAUCUCAAGUCCCACGCUGCCGGUGGUUCAAAGGUUUCAAUCCCAAAGCUGGACGACGAAAGCUUUGGCAACUUUUUCACCAAAGUCGAGAAAACCGUAGCAGCUACAAUGUUCACCACCACCAAGACCAGUAGUAGCAGCAGUUCGUCGGCGGAGGUCGUCAUCGGAGAUUUCGACACGCUCAAAGUGGACAGCCAACGUUUGACGCAGAAGAAAGUUGUCCAGGGACCAAGACGUCGCGGUGCCAUGUCGAAGAACCCACUCAAGAAGCUGGCCGCCCGGGACGAUCUGCAGACCGAGUACACCGAGAUCAAAACAGGUAUCGCCGAUAAAGAGUUGAAGAGACUCAAACUAGAAUCAAUCGCCAAAACUAGCAAUCUGGCCAUCGAAGCGCUUGCUGGCUUGGCUUCCGUGGAGGACUUUAAAUCGGUCGCACUAAAAUCUAGCAGUCUGCCUCUGAACCAAAGUUUCGUUCCGUACAAACCAUUGAUGUUGUUGCAUGUCAAGGGCCGCCGGCACGUCCAGACCAGGUUAGUGGAACCGGUUGCGCGGUCGAUCAACCGAGGUGACUGCUUCGUGCUGGUCACCGCCGAUCGACUGUUCGCUUUCAUGGGUCAGUUUGCAAAUGUGAUCGAGCGAUCGCGGGCCAAGGAGAUAUGCGACGUGAUCGUCCGGGAUAAGGAUCUGGGUUGCGGUGCUGCUACUGCAACGGUGAUCAAUGACGGCAAAUUCUGCAGCGAACGACAGCUGCGAGAGUUUUGGAAACUACUUGGACGUGGUCAGGAGGAUCAAAAAGCGGAAGUCUGCGAUGCUGGUCACGCCGAUGAAGAUGAGCUUAUUGAGAGCUGUCUGAUUGAAACGAACAAGGUUUACGAAUUCGAGGAUGAUGGGUUGAUUCCAUUGGAAGAGUACUGGGGUGCUGCGCCUAAGAUUGCCAUGCUGGACAGCAAGAAAAUCUUGAUCUUCGAUUUCGGUAGCGAGUUGUACAUUUGGAAUGGAAAGAAUGCCUCCAGCGAAGACAAGAGGGCUGCUAUCAAGCUAGCUCAGGAGUUGUACUCGCAAGAGUACACUUAUGACAUGUGCCAGUUAAAUCCGAUCAAUUUCACGGAAUUAAGCGGAGAUAGACAGAGAGAUGCCAGGCGAGUACCGAAGAGUGGUUCGAUUCGCCCGGAAUGGUGCUUGAUAGCGAAGGUUACUCAGCACAUGGAAACGACCCUGUUCCGACAGAAGUUUAUCGAUUGGCCAGAUAUUACCGUGCAAUUGAAGGAUGAUGGCUUUAAUUUGGGAGAUACUCCUAGUUUGGAGAUUAAGCCUGUUGACGGAGAAAUGUUGUUCAAAGGACAACCUUACGAGGAACCGAAUUUGGUGCUGGAAAAUUCUAGUUUGGGACGAGGAAACUUCUACUACGAUACUAAUACGAUGCGUCACUUUGACGUACUCACGAUCUCAGUGACACAGUGGGAGAUUGACGAAUAUGAGUAUAAGGUUAUCGAAGGACCUUCAUGUGGACAUUUCUACUCAGACGAGAGUUAUACGGUUCGUUGGAUGUACCAAGUGAGCGUUACCGUGCGCGAGCUUAGCGGAAAAGUCUCAAAUCGAAGCACCGUUGUUGGACGUGACCGUUGCGCCUAUUUCUGCUGGCACGGAAAGGACGCUCCGGCUAAUGAAAAAGGCGCGGCUGCUCUUCUUACUGUAGAGCUGGACAAGGAGAAAGGUGCUCAAGUUCGCGUCGCCCAAGGUCAGGAGUCAUCUGCAUUCAUUCGCCUGUUCAAGAUAAUGUUCAUUCACAAGAGCAAGAAGACUCCUCGUAAUGCUUGGCGCUUGUACAUAAUCACUGGUAACUAUCCGGAAGAAACCGUGUGCACUGAAGUUAUUUGCCAUGAACGCCAAUUACGCUCUCGUGCUACAAUGGUGCUGAUCAAUGGCGAAAAGGGUCGCGUGAUUCUCUGGAACGGGUGCAAAGCUGUGCCUCACGCUAGAGAGGUAGGUCAGAACGUACUGAAUGCCAUCAUCCAGAACAGAUAUACCGAGCUGUUCGAUGAAAGUCUCUCAUCUGUAAGUUCGAAAACUCUUGAAGAAGGACAGGAAACUCAUGAAUUCUUUGAAGCUGUCGAUGGAAGCGAAAACCGUCACUCGUACCACUCGUUGCUUGGCUCAAAUCAGGACUUUGGUUACACACCGCGAAUUUUCAACCUGACCAGUAUCAAUAAUGGUAAUUUUGAAGCUACGGAGUUGCAAUACAAUUUGCGGUGCAAAGACCUUGCGUCACCGUAUCCUUUCCGACAGGACGAUCUGUACAAAGCUCGUCAACCGACGAUAUUCAUGAUCGACAACGGUCACAUACUGUGGCUCUGGCAAGGCUGGUGGCCAACUGAGGACGGUGCCGGAAGCGAUAGUGGCAGCAAUAGCGGUAGCGAUAACCACAGCAGCUUCGACAGUAACCGCUCCGGUGAGAAUCGAUGGCAAAGCGAACGUCGAGUGGCGAUGGAGACGGCCGUAGCGUACUGGAAGGCAAAACAGGCGAAGCUUGGCAAAGGCACGGUCGUCGAAGAACCGUCGAAAAAGAUUUGCAACGGAAACGAAAAGCAUGCGCAUCUGCCGGACGAGAACGGUAACGGUGCCAUCGAUGAGGUGGACAUUACUGGACAAUCCACUGCCAACACGGGUACUGCCAGCGACGGAACCGAUGUCUGUGAUAAUGAUACUGGUGGUGACCGUGAUGCCGUUGUUGGGAAUGGUGCGAAAACAGCUGAAGCGCAGCAGUGGGAUGAGUGGAGAACACAGAGUGAAAUCAACGGCUACGUGGUUUGGGCCGGAUUGGAACCGCUGGAGUUCAUCGCCAUGUUUCCCGACUGGGAACAGCGAGACGACGUUGCAGAAAUUAACGUACAGGAUGGCCGUAAAUCUGCCCCGCAGCCAAUAGCCAGCAGUCUGUCGCUUCUGUCGCGCAAGGAGUAUCCCCUGUCGGUGCUGCUGGAACGUCCGCUACCCGAGGGAGUCGACCCGACCAAGCUGGAGCUGUACCUCCACGAGCAGGACUAUCCGGAGGGGCUGGGUCUCACCAAGGCCGAGUUCGAUCAGCUGCCAGCCUGGAAGCAAACGAAGCUCAAAAAGGAGCGGGGUUUGUUCUAGGAAAGCCAACGAACACGACCAUCUACUGCUCUUCACAACACUACUCGGCUGAUUACCAACCACUAAUCUCCCACUCAAGUCCUCCCUUCCCUUGUCCAUGUUUUUGAUUUGAUGUUCUGCAAGAAAGGCUAAAUAGCAAAAUUUUCGUUUGUUUUACCGGAUGUUUUAUGUGUCUUAUAUUUUGAAAAUCGACUGUCGAUAUGUUUUAUCUGUCUGAGUUCAAGCGACAGCCGACAUAAUAAUUGUAUUUUUUGGUUUUCUCUAGUUGUUCAAAUUUUAUUCUACAGUUAUUUUCUUGUUUUUGUUAUUAUGCUUUUUGUUUUCAAUUUCCAAUCAACGUUUUACACCUUUUGGAGGGGCGCUCCAGUUAUUUUCUACUUGAAUGUUGUUUUUAAUUAAUGUAUCAAACCAUAGGUGGCGCCACUCCAGUUUUCUGAAAUAUAAAUUAAAAAUAAGGUGGAAACCGUUAUUCUCUUAUUUGUAAACAACGAAAUUGUGCAUAAUAAACGUUUUCACAGCAACCGAAAACUUGACCUCCGACUGUGUGGAGAUUUCCGCAAUUUUUUAAUCGAAGAUUUCAGCUGCCCUCUAUGUUUUAAAUUCAAAACUAAAAGUUCGAUGAAACGGUGUGUGGAACCAACUCAAGCGUACGAGAUUGCUUUAAACGACUUUAAAUAGGAAUAAAACUGUAAUAGCAGCGCUGACGAUUUCAUACUUCAAAAGGAAACACGAACUAAGUUUUUACACUCACAUAAAAGUAAUACAUGUAUGAAUACCAUUUCGCCAUUUGCCAAAAUUUAUGUAAAAAUGUAAUUUUAUUAACCUUAGUAAGCUUGAAUCGCGCAUAUACAUAUGUUUUUAUUUAACUAAGUAGCAGCCUAAAGUAAUAAAAAAUUAGCUCUGUCUCGCUUUUUUGCCCUGCAGGUUUAUGUAGAAAUGUGUGCUAUCUUCUUUAAAUUAUUUUAACUUAGAAUGUUUAGAAACAUGGAAAAAGGCAAAAAGCAGAAUCCCCCUUCUCUCUUGGCAGUGAUAGUAUGUUUCUUAAGGCGCUUAUUAUUAUUAUCAUUAUUUGGGUAGAAUCCCGCGUUAAUGUGUUUAGGAUACCAUACGUAGCUUUUAGGUGGAUCGGUCUUCAAUGAAGCGAACAAAAGUCACAACCAGAAGAGUUGAACAAUCGUAGAGGAAGAAGAAAGUACUUAAAAGAACUGAACUCUGCUCGACGGCGACGGUGGCGCCAAGCAAGCACGGCAAAACCACUUCCCCAUUUUUUUCGGAGGGAAGAUGUAUUUUGUAAAACGCGUUUUAUGCCUGUUUGUGCGAGUGUGCGUGUGCGUGACGUGACGUGACGUGCUAUUUGUAGUGAAACAGUAACUCUGUGUUCCAUAUUUACCUAUAUCAUAUUCAAAAGAAGCCCACACAACGCAUCAACGCAAACGUUCAGAAAAAAUCGCCAACGCUAAAAAUAAUUAUAAAAACAAAUUUUUCUUGUGUGCUACUAAAAUAGGACUAAUUGCGAAAAAAUCGACCGAAACCAAGAAAAAUCACAAUCACUAAAAUGCCAGCCUCAUUGAGUAUAAUAUUACUAUAUACAUAUACAUGAAACAGAAAUAAUAAUCGACUAAAAAACCUUACAACAGCCGAACAUUUAUCACCACCACGUACACUUUACAAACCACAAAAAAACACACAUUUGAAGGUAUACACCUAAGUCAAUAUACACCCAUUACACGAAACGCGCAUAUAAGCAGCAAAACAUUUAAUAGUCAUCAUUUGAUCAAACCGAAGAAGUGAAGAAGACAUAUUGGAUUUGUAGAGCUCCGUGUGCACGAAUGAAACCAAUCAAACGAACAUUACAAAUGUCUACUCACCGGAGCUAGAUUUUGAAAACCGAAAGAGAAACUGCAGUGUAUUGCGAAGAAUAAAAAAGAUGAAAACUUUUUACCAAUUAAA